GCCAAUGUUAAUAGACGAAGCAUCUCACUAUCUCUCUGUUUUGUGUUCAAUACCAAGAUACUAAACUCUAUACUUUUUUUUUUUAAACCAAUUCCUUUCCUUGAUUGAUUGCUUCCUGUUGACUCACAAACUAACGGCUAACGGUUAAAUCUCUAGGUCUCAACAUCUAGUUUUGCUGGUUGUGUUUUGUGUCUGCGACCUUUGAAAAUCCUCUAACUCCAGUGGCUUUGAACAUAUGGUGGCAUUGAAUGGCGUUUCCUUAACAGUGACGUCUCUGCUACAAGAUUUGUACGAGCUGAACAUUCCCAUGCAGUGUCUUGAUUACAUUUCUAUCAUGAAGCAGGCGACGGACGAUGAACCCCUAACAGUGGAUGUAAACUGAAUCCUUUCUGAAUAACCUGAGACUCACUGACCUGAAGGACAGAUAUCGUUAUCUAAAGUAACAUCGCCGUGAGACUUCACAUUAAGGCUAAUAAUUAUGAGGAGAUAAUAUUGACAAAUGUAACUUUGAAGUGCCGACUGAAUAUUUCAUUGUUUUUCCAUUCCACGUCGUCGAGCGUGUUCAGACUGCUACAAAACACAUUUUUUAGUUGUUCAAUCUGAAGGAUAGAAUUUACUGCUAGGAAAUAACAGAUUUUGUGAUUUCUAAAAUAUCGGGAUUUAUAUUUAGUUUGUUUGUUUGUGAAUGUGAAGGUCAUUUCCGUGUCACGUGACUGCACACAAUGACGAAACGAUACAUCACACUUCUGCUAUCCCCCAGGACACCCAUUGCUCUCUUGACUCGUCUGUUGAUUCUUGCAGGGGGUGCCAUCAUCAUCUACUUGUUCAUCUCGGCAUCGCCCAAAUCUUUUGUGAGCAGGUCUGAGCCCUACAUCCCUCCGCCCAACCGAGAUUUCCCCGUGGACAAACCCGUGGUCAACCCUUUUAAAUCACCCAUUUUGGCGCCUGGUGCCGCCAAGUCGUCGUGUCCAUUCCCUCGGUUGGAACUGUACGACAAGGAGAUCAUGAAGUUCUACAUCAAACACAAUAGAGUGACGUGUGCUGUGGAGGAGAACUGGGUGUCGCUCCACCGGGGAGUCUUCACCAUCACCGAGGCGGCCGCCACCAAGCACAAGAACAUUCGAUGUGAUCUGUUCCCAGUUUUGAAGGAGAGUGACUUUAAGGUCGUCGAGGGAGAACCCUUAAAGGACUUCAAGAACGGUACAAGGAUAACUCACGACUUCUUCAGAGUCGCCUGCACUGCAGACGAUGGAGCCAAGUAUCACAACUGGCAUGCUGGGAUAAGGCACGAUGAAGAUAUACUCAAACGCAAGGCUUCCGUUAAAGUGAAAGGUCUGGACGUUGACGUCAUCAUGAUUGGCCUGGAUUCCACUUCAAGGCUAGCCUGGCAGAGACAUCUUCCCCUGACAAGGGAUUACUUUGUGAAUGUCUUAAAUGGUAUAGAAAUGGAGGGCUACAACAUUCUUGGAGACGGCACCCCGGCCGCCAUCAUGCCCAUUCUUAUAGGUAAGAGAGAAGAAGAGCUCCACGAAGCUAGGAGAGGCUAUCCAGGAGCCAAAUCAGUGGAUGACUUCCCUUGGAUUUGGAAGGAAUUUAAACAGGCUGGCUACGUGACGGCCUGGGGAGAGGACGACGCUCAUCUAGGGACAUUCCAGUACCGGCUUUUAGGUUUCAACGAUCAACCAACUGACCACUAUUAUCGUUAUUUUAGUCUAGCCAUCGAGCCACACUACGGCGACUUCCAGCAGUACUGCAUGGGUUCCAGACCUCGACAUGCAGUCAUCCAAGACUACAUGAGGGAGCUGUUCUUUCUCUACCCAAAGAAACGCAAAUGGUCUUUUACUUUCCAGUCGGAAUUAUCCCACCAAGACAAUAACAAAUUAUCUCAGAUGGAUGAUGACUUCUACGAACACUUAAAACGACUGCAUGUUGAGAAACACUUGGACAAUGCUAUUCUUAUCAUGCUAGCUGACCACGGGGCAAGAUUUAGCAAAGUCAGAGCUACAGCGCAGGGGAAACAGGAGGAGAGGAUGCCUUACUUUGGGAUCAGAUUUCCAGAAUGGUUUCACAAGAAGUAUCCUCAAAUUGUGCAAAAUGUGAGAAAUAACACAAAAAGACUCACCACCCCUUUUGAUGUGCAUGAGACACUCCAUGAAAUUAUUAAUUUUACUGGAACAGAGAAAGCUAAUAUAAGUAACAGAGGUGUCAGCUUGUUUAAAGCAAUUCCUGAAGAGAGAAAUUGUGAUUGGGCUCAAGUAGAUCCUCACUGGUGUUCAUGUAUGGAGUGGAGUGAGGUGAAUGCAGAUGACCCUGUACUGAAACCUGUUGUUGAAACAAUUAUCACCACAUUUAAUAAUUACACUGAGCCCUAUAGAUCAGAGUGUGCUGUCCUGAAAGUCAAAAAUAUCAAGUCUGCUAAUGUGCUGAAGAUUAAUGAGGCGGUGCUCAAAUUUAAAGAUACAAGCGAUGGAGGUAGAGGGCGAUUUGGCAAAAUGGAUGAUACUACACAACACUCAAAAUUAUUGUACCAGGUCAACUUAAUCACUGACCCAGGUGAUGGUCUGUUUGAAACAACUGUGACACAUCACCUGAAAGAAAACAAAAUGGAGCUGAACAAAAAAGACAUUAGUAGAACCAACAAAUACGGAAAUGCGAGUCACUGUGUGGAGAUGAAAGACUCCUUUCUACGACCCUAUUGUUACUGUAAAGAUCUUUUAUAAAUAGCAUAAAUAGUUUUAUACUAAGUUAGAAAUUAAGUAAUAUUUCUCAUUCAUAUUUCACAUUCAUAAACCAAGUUAUGUUUAACACCAACAAUUUUCUGCUUGUUAGAAUUUUUUUUUAUAGCAGAUCUAGAUCAGACUUUUUCUAUUAGAAAAAGUCUUGUUUCAAAUAAGCAGAAAAAGAAAGCUGUACUUAAAGCAAUGCAAUUUCUUCAUGGCUUUCUUAAUGAUGAAUCAAUUCUACUUUAGUGACAAAUCUAUUUAUGUUAUUAAUUUACUAAUUUUUGUUGUUUAUAUUUCUGGAGCAAGCUUUCAGUUUAUGUAUUACCCUAUUUUCGUGCAUAUAACCCACACAAUAACCUGCACACCAUAUAGCCAGCACAAAUGACAAAAUAUGUAAAAACAAAAUCCUACUACCUGCACCCUUAUAUAAACUGCAUGUGCAAAGCCUGACUGGCUUAAAACUUGUCACAAUUGAUUACUGGUAGAAUAAAGAUUCUCUGCUGCAUUGGUACUACAUUUUUUAUAUACUGAGAUUUUCAUAAUGCUUUCCAAUGUACAUUUCACAACCACACAGCCAACUAUAGAAGGUAUUUACCUGUGUAGAGGUACUGCAUAAGAAUGAUUUUUUUUGUGCCAUUAUUUCCAUAGUUUCCAUGAUGCUAUGUUUAUGAGUAAAUUAAAUUUUGUACCUCCCCACCUUUGUAUACCCCACACAGCUGCCAUUUGUUUGUAAAAAUUCUUUAAACCCUAGAGUUAUAUGCGGGAAAAUACAAUUAAUUUUGUGUUGUUCUUUUUAUUUUUGUAAAACUUUUUUUUUUUAUUUUGUACAAUAAUUGAAGAUUUUUUUGUGAAAUGUUUAUGUACAAAAUAUUUAACUCAUGAGUUUAAUCUAUAGAUCAUUGAGUUUAAUAUAUAUUUAAUUAUAUAUUAUUUAGUUUUAUUAAUUAACAUAUCAUUUUUUAAAAUCACAAUCUGGCACAUUGAUCAUUAACAGUUAUGAGAAUUAUCAUUUGACAUAAGAAUUAUCAUUUGACCGGAAAAUGUCAUUAAAUAUUUUGACCAUGUGUUGUCUGUGAUAGACUAAAGCACUGGACAGAUUUACUGUUUCACUCAGUAUUUCAUUCAUUUUUAUGUUCUGGCUUUAUAGCUAGUUAAGAAGAUAUGUUCUUGUAUUCUAUACAUUUUCUAUAACAAAUGGCAUUUGUUAUAUUAUUUCAUGAAUUUUUGAAAAAUGUCAUCACUAAAGCACUAAAGUGGUAGUAACAAAUUUCACAUUAGUUGCAAGUUGUAAGAAUUGGAUGAAAAUGAAAUCAAACAAUUGCUGCAACUUGUUUUGCAAUUUAUUUUUUUGUUUUUUUUCCAUUACAAUUAUAACUAAAAAAUGAUGACACUAGUAAAAUUGUAAUGCAAACCUAUCAUUUUGACUGGACCUAGACUACAAUUACAAAAAGUUUUCAUGCUUAUUGACGUAGAUGCAGCCUGUAUGUCACUAUUUAUUCUAAAGAUGUGUUGUAUGUUCUAACUAGCCCAGAUUGCUUUCAUAUUAAAAAACUUUGAGUCUUUACCCUUGCGACACACUGGAUGUAACUGUUUUAAUGGAGAUAUAUUGUCUAAUUUAGUGGAUGUUCAUAAUAAGACUGGCUUUAAAGUAAGAAAUUUUCAGAUCUCCAAAGCUUUUGCAGCUUAGAUAUAAACAUACUGUGUAGACGUACUGCAUAAGAAUGAAUUUUUUGUGCAACUUUAAAAAAAAUAUUUUUAUGCAUUUCUCUGUAAGCUUUUAGGUAUUGAUAGAAAUAUAUAGAUUGGCUUGGUAUUACUUCACUUUCCACCAAUCUAAACAAUGUUUGCAAUGUGAACCCAAUGAGCUUUCAUUGCUUUCUUUGACUUUUUGUUUGCUAUUUUUAGAUUUUUCUUUAUUAUCUAAAUAUAAUUAAAUCUUGACUGAAAUUGUGUUAUUAUUUUAUGCUUCAGAAUGCUUUCAGAACUUCUUCAAUUAAGACUUUUGUUUUAUGGGAAAGCUCAUCCAUGUUAUUCCUGAGUUCUUGUACAAAUAUUGUAUUGCAUAUUACUAUUUUCAUUUUUUAUGAACAUUUUGUGUAUAAAAUGCAUAAAAUUUUCUGUGAAGAUAUGUUGAAUUUAUUUAUUUUAGUCUCUCUGCUAAAGUUUCUUAUAUUGAAGCAUUUUUGUUUUUAUGUUCUGAAAUUCCAUGCCUAAAAAAUUAUCUUUCAUUUAUAAAAAUCCAUACGUUCAGUAUUAUUCACAUUCCAUAUUCAAUCAAGUCUGAUAGUGAUGGUUCAAAAAGAACAUUCAUAAAUAUAGUGUUUUUUUUAGUGUUGUUUAUUUGCUAAUUUAGUUACAUCAUCUGCUUUUGAACAUUUAAUAGGUGUACAUUACUUAUAAUUAAAUAUUGUUGUUAUUACUGUCAUUUAAGAUGGUACCAUUUUGCAUUGAUUUUUUUUCAUUUCAAAAGGUAAUCAUUAACUUUCUUUGCAUAAUGUUAUGAUUAUUGAAAAUUUAAUCAAGUAUCAAUGUUAAUGUAUGAUAAGUCUUAUAUAAAAAGGAUAAAGACCAUCCCAGCUUCAGAUGGUCAGUGGUAGAACAUUCAGCUUGUUUGUUGUAAGUAGAAGCUUCUCGUUAAAGAUUUAAUUAGCCAUUAAUGCAUCUCCAAGCACACAUAAACUUGUGUUUUCAAAAGUAUGCUUUAAUGAUUCUUUUCAAAGCUCUGAACCUUUUAUUAUAAAAAUAUGUUGUAGAAGUGUUGUUUGCUAAAAGACAAUGUCUAAUGUGCAUGGCAACUAGUGGCUGUCAUUUACAUGUCACAUUAUUUAUUUGAGUAUUGAGUGAUGAAUAUAUUCAUUUUUUUUUGUACAGUUUGAAAUUAUGAUGUAAAAUACAUCAAACUUUCUUCCCUUCCAAAUCCAAUUUGAUAUGUCCAUUCCAUUCGUCUAUGUUCAUAUUCACCUUGUUCCAUAUGAUAGAAUUCCACUUUUUUGAAAAUGUUCAAGCACUACAAUGCAUUUAAUGUAAGGUGUGAACUUAUUAUAAUAUAAAUAAUUGUAUAUUGAUUUAUCAGCAUUCUUCACCUUAUUACUACGGUGGUCUCCUUUUUUUAAAAAAUUUGUUGGAUUGGGUAGUUUGAGACUACAGUAGCAGUUUGCUAUUACAAUACAUUUUAUAAAAGCCUGAAAAGAUUUGAGUUGUAAACAUAUUAGCAUUGAUUUGUUAAAAAAAAAAUUGUACUUUAUUGUCUUCAAGGACUGUCACAACUAUAAACCAUUUAGUUAUAAUGGAAAGGUUAUUUAACGAUAUAUACAACUGUCAACUGUUAGGUAGUGAAAAAGAUUAUCUUCCCUUAUGUUUUAUAACGUUUAUUUUUUCGUUUUUUUAAAUUAUUGAAAUACAUACAAUAGUUGUGUACAGAGCACUACCCUUAGCCUACAGAGGAAUAGUAACUAAGUUAAAUAGAAUUGGAGGCGCGGUGGCUGAGCGGUAAAGCGCUUGGCUUCCGAACCGGAGACCGGGGUUCGAAUCCUGGUGAAGACUGGGAUUUUUAAUUUCGGAUCUUCUGGCGCCUCUGAGUCCACCCAGCUCUAAUGGGUACCUGACAUUAGUUGGGGAAAAGUAAAGGCGGUUGGUCGUUGUGCUGGCCACAUGACACCCUCGUUAACCGUAGGCCACAGAAACAGAUGCCCUUUACAUCAUCUGCCCUAUAGACCACAAGGUCUGAAAGGGGAACUUUACUUUACUUUUUUAAAUAGAAUUACCUUUUACUGUUUAUAACACAUUAUUUAGCUUCAUCAAAUUUGCAUGUUUGUAAUUUCAAUAGAUAAUCACACUUACUUAUCAUUUGUUAAUUCAUGAGAUUCAGAAACAAAUCACUGAGUCCAAGUAUUUACAUAACAUAUGUUCUAAUGAUAAAAAUAUAAAAGCUUUUGGUCUUGCACAACAAAGAAAUCAAUUUAAUGUGACCUAACACAAGGGUAAUAACUCUUACAGUAAGUACUUGGUUCAUAUAAAAUACAACUCAGGUUAAAGGGUAAGCUAAGCUUUGUCUUUUUUUUUUUUUCUGACAAAGCUGAUAUCGACUCUAGUUUGUCUGUCUGGUAAAAAGUGUGUACCUUAUUCCGCCCACACCCAUUCUUGAAUCAAGUUGAAACUUUACACAAUUAUUAAUUGUACCUUACAAAACAAGAAUCUAUCAGAAAAUAAAUAUAAUACAUCAACUAGUUCAUUAAUUUUUGAUAAUUAAAUUUGCUUGGUAUUGAAUAAGGGAAAUAAAUGUUACUUUUAGAGAGAUAUAUAUGUAUAUAUUAUUUCCCCUUACUACAUUUUGUGCUACUUUUUUCUUCCAUUUCCAAUUCUUUGAUCAAAUUAAAAUUUUGUAUAAUUAAUAAGAGGCAAUGACAAUAUAUUUAUCAAUCAGAAAAUUAUGAAAUCAGUUUUUCAAUUAGUAAUAAUUAAUUACUUUAGUUUUGUCUAGAAAAAGGUCUUCACCUAUAUGGCCCUGAUUUGAAGCUUUUCUCCCCUAUAUUAGCUUUGUUUUUAAAAAAAGAGUUUUGUUCUGUUUUUUUUCUCUCUCUUCAUUUGAAAUCUUGACACAUUGCUAACACUGGAUGGCUGCCUGGUCGUGCGGUUUGCACGCUGGAUUGUCUUUCAGAUUUAUCGAUGGUCCUGGGUUCAAACCCUGCCCGCUCCCAUCCCCCGUCGUCCUGCAGGAGGUUUAGACUAGGAAGUAAUUAUCUUCAACUCUGAAGGAACAUCCGAAACAUGUAAAACAUUUUACAAACAUUUUACACUGGGAGAUACGGGAAAUAUUUUGAACUAUAUUUUUUACAAAGCUUUUAUCAACUCUUUCUGUCUGUCUCUGGCCAAAAGUUUGUACAUGCAAUCUUGGAUCAAGCUGAAAUUUUGCACAAUUAUUUCUUUUACACGACAACACAAGAAUCAAUUUAAAAAAUUAAACAAUUAUUAAUUAACUAUUUUUAAUAAAUUAUUUUGUUUGAUAUGUCAAACAAGGGAAAGAAAUAGUACUUGGCCGAAGUGAUGGUAUAAGCUGAAUUACUCCCCUUUAUACAUUGUCAUACAAGUCUUAUUAUUUAAUUACGUGACUGAUCCAAACACUUAAUAUAAGAUUUUUUUUUUAAAGUAUUUUUUUUUUAUUUUGCUUGUUUUAAAAUUCAAAAAGAAAUUUUAUAGUAUUAUUUACUAUAGCCUUAAUUUUGACUAUAUUUGAAUGAAAAAACAAAACAUAAAAAGAAGUAUUAUGUAGGCAUACUGUUUAUUUUUUUUUUUUACUACUGUUCAGUUUUGUAAAAUGUAGAACUGCAAAUAUUGAACUGCAUUUUAUUCAGCAGUUUGUACAUUUACUGUGGUACUGUCUUCCUGUAAGUUUCUAUUUACUUCCCCCCCACCCCCACCAGCUCAGAGUAAACAUUUUGACUGCUUUUAAGAUAAGAACUUUGUCCAAUGUCAUUACUAUAGCACUUUACCAAAUGUUGAAUAUAAAAGUGUUUUUUUUUCUCCAUUGUCUGUGAAAUUUCUUUUUUUUUUUCAACUGCGUCUUAGACACAAAUAUCUCAGUGAUAUAAAAAUGUUGGAAUCUUUAGUAGUGCUACUUUCACUACUUUGUUUUCCUAGUCAUUAUUCGCUGGCUGCCUGGUGGUGAGCUAUGUGCUCUGGACUGUCAUUUGGUGGUCUACAAGGUCACGGGUCUGAACUCUGCCCACUGCCAUCCCCUGUCCUCCUGAUGAAGUAAUUAUCUUCAGAAUCUAAAGAAAUAUCCAAAGAAGAAAACAAAACAUAAAAAAAAAGAAUUAAAAAUGCAUUUAAAUAACAAUUUAAUUUUUUGAAAUUUUUCAAAACACUAUAAAUAUCUCAAAUUUUUACAAUUUGAAAAAUUCUUAUUACUUCCAAUAGAAGUUACUUUCUAUACUUUUAAGAAAACACGAAUGUUUUUUCAGAUAAAUUGCUAUAUGCAAUAACUGGUCAAUGUCUGUGGUGGACUCAGCAGUGUAUGAGCUCCAGGUGCUGUAGAUAUAUCACAUCACAGCUAAGUGCUAAUGUAUUUUCAGAUUUGAAACUAAGAACUGGUCUA